AUGCAUAAAAGAAAUGGUGAACGACAAAGAGAUGAACGCGGCUUUCGUAUGAGAGCAGCUGGUAUUUGUACGCGGGGUGAGGGUCCAUAUCGACAGAUACUGCUAGUCACAGGUGGAAAAGAUGAACGUCGUUGGGUGAUUCCGGGUGGAGGCAUUGAAAAGAAUGAAGCAGAAGCAGACGCAGCCGUCCGAGAAGUUCUUGAAGAAGCUGGUGUGAAAGGCAGAAUCGUCGCGAGGCUAGGAGAGUUUAUCGAUGAAGAAAAAAUGAAUCGAACAAUAGUGUUUGUGCUGUGUGUUGACGAAGAAUUGGUGGAAUGGCCUGAUAGUUUCACAGGCAGGAAACGUCGGUGGAUGAGUAUCAGCGAAGGACUGAUCCGUGUCAAAAGUUCACAGACUGCGAUCUUACGUGAGAUUGUUAACAGUGUGCAAUAA